AUGGCGAAAUAUUCAUGCGACGACGCCAUUGAAGGACUCAAGAAGCUUCUGAGCAAAAAAGGUAACCUAGAAAGUGUUGCCGCGGCAAAGAUCAAGCGACUAACGGACGAGUUGAAGGUGACCGCUGAAAAGCCGUUCAACCCGGUUGAGAAGAUAAAAAUCGGGUUCACCCACUUCAGGAAAGAAAAAUUCGA